CAGUAUUCAAAAUGGCGGCAUCUUCGCAAAAUUUUCCUUGGUUGGAAUCGCUCAAAACUGCAAGAAAAACCAACCUAGUACAAGAUGGGAAGAGAAAAGUCCAUUAUACAUUUCCAGAUCAUACUGAAAUGGUUGAAGAAUAUUCUGUGUCUUCAGGUGAACUGUUAGUAAGGAAAUUUAAAAAGAGAAAUACAAUUGGGAAAGAAGGAAGAUGGGAAUAUGAAGUUGGGGAAGAGCUGCUGCAAGGAAAUUCCCAAUCAGAACAUAUUAUGGAGAGUAGGAGUAAUCCAAUAAUAGCAAGAAAAGAUACUUUAAAAGCAUUUCAAUGGAGAAUCCGAAAUCUUCCUUACCCUAUUGAAGUAUACAGUGUAAAUAUCAAUGACGAUAAAACCAAUAUCAUUGUCAAAACAACAAAUAAAAAGUAA